AUGUCGCGCGACGCGCGCGCGACGAUCGCGGCGUUGACGCUCACGCUCGCUCGCGUCGUCGCGCUCGCGUUUAUCGUUCCGGAAAGCGCGAGAGAGGCGCUCGAGCGACGCAUCGAGUUGAGCUCGGCGACGGAUUCCGUGAGACGCGCUCGCGAGGCCGCGUACGCGGUGCGCGCGCUCGGCGUAUCGUCGGCGUACGAUGGGAGUGCGUAUCACGGCCAUCCGGCGUUCGUGUACGUGGGAGGGACGGCGAGCGGAGGGGUCGCGUGGCGAGCGGCGUGCGCGGUGGCGUUCGAUUGCGUCGCGGUGGCGUUCGUGAUGGCGAUGGUGCGCUCGCGCGCGAUGAAGGACGCGGCGGAGGAAUCGGACAAGGUUCGAUUCGCGGCGGUGAUGCACCUGGGGAAUCCACUGGGGUGGUUGUCCGCGUUCGCGGGGUCGACGUCGUCGGCGGCGCGCGCGGGCGUGUACGCGAGCGCGUGGGCGGCGACGAGCGAGAGAGACGUCGCGAGCGGGUGCGCGCUCGCGCUUGCGGCGCAGGUCAAUCCGCACGUGAUUGCGAUCGCGCCCGUAUUGUUGGCAACGUCGAUUCGCGGGCGUGCGAUGAUUGGUGGGAUGAAAUUCGUAGGCGGGUUUGCCUCCACUGCGCUUGCAUCGUUCGUCGCCAUGGGUGACGAUUUCUUACCGUGGUGGCGCGCCGCCGUGACAUUCGCCGUGCACAGCGAGGAUCAAACGCCGAACCUAGGAUUGCACUGGUACGUGUUCACAACGAUUUACGAUCAGUUUCGACUUGUUUACGUCGUUGGGUUCUUCGUGGUUCCUUUCGGGCUGUCGCUCGCGGCGACGAUUCGAUUUCCAGACCAACCCUUGGUCGCUCUCGUGAUCGCUUUGAUCUCUAUCGCAACGUGUGCACCCUAUCCCACGGUUGGUGACAUCGUCACGUACACGUCACUGCUCCCGGUGAUCGCCGCGGAUGACCGCGGGAAUCCGCUCGUGUACUUCAAGCAUGGUGCAUGGAUCGUCGCCGGAUUCUUAUAUGUCGCGUUGCUUAGUCCCUUAACGUGGUACAUGUGGAUUCACACGCGCGUGGCGAAUGCAAACUUCUAUUUCGCGAUCACAAUCGUGCACGCAUUGGCGCAGACGAUCCUGUCGAACCAAAUCAUCAUGAGUGUAUCAAAGUUUAGCAGGUCGCGUCGUGCCGAUGCAAAACAAGACUAG